AUGUAUGACCAGCUGCUGGUGGAGCUCCGCAGAGAGGACCAGAGGGCCUUCAAGAACUUCCUCAGAAUGCCCCCAGAGAUGUACGAUGAGCUGGUACAGCGAGUUGGUCCCAGGAUCACCAAAGAAAGAACCUGGUACAGGGAGCCCCUGGAUCCUGGUCUGAAGAUUGCCAUCACUCUGCGCCACAUCGCCUCUGGGACCAAGUACGCGGCCAUGAAGUUUGGUUGCAGGGUACCCCACAACACCCAGUCACUGGCCGUGAGAGAAGUCUGCCAAGCCAUCAUUGACGAGUACCUGGACGAGGCGAUGACCUGCCCCACAACCCCUGAAGGCCGGCGUGAGAUCUCAGACCAGUUCAUGGAGAAGUGGAACUUCCCACAUACCUGUGGUGCCCUUGAUGGCAAGCACGUUGCCUGCAAGGCUCCUCCAAAGAGUGGUUCGGUGUAUUAUAAUUACAAGGGGUUCUACUCCAUCGUGCUCAUGGCACUGGUAGAUACGGACUACAAAUUCCUCUGGGCAGAUGUGGGUAGUCCCGGAGCCUCGUCUGACGCCCAGAUCUACAACGAGUCUGAACUCAAAGAAAUGGCUGAAGAUGGAACCAUUGGCUUCCCUGCUCCAGAUCCUCUUCCUAAUGACUACAAGGAUGUGCCAUACGUCUUCGUCGUUGAUGAUGCGUUUGGCCUACGGAAGCACAUGAUGAAGCCAUACACCUUGCGUGGUCUUACAGAUGAAGAGAGGAUCUUCAAUUACAGACUGUCCCGAGCCAGGAGGGUUGUUGAAAAUGCCUUUGGCAUUCUGGCAAACCGCUUCCAGAUUUUGCUUACCACAAUGCAGCACCACCCAUCCACCGUCAAAAUCAUCGUGAAGGCAUGCAUUGUUCUCCACAACUUGAUGAGGAUGAGGUAUCCAACAGAAAUGUCUCCAAAGGAGAUGACAAAAAAGUAG